AUAUAAUUUUGUUGAUACGUGAAGGAUGAUGAGAGAAAAUGGGAAACAGAGGAGAGGUUUUUUCUUUCCUCGCGUAUCAGGGGCGUGGACUUUUUGCUGAAAUUGAGAAUUGAGAUCCACGAAACCCAAAAAUCAAACCAACCAACCAGAAUCAUCGUACAACACACACAGAACAAAAAGGUCGGAGACUUUUUGCUUAUAGUUUAGGUUCCAGAAAAGGAAGACAGAGAGAAAGAGGAAAAAAAAAAUAAACAAAAAAGAGGUUAUAUUGUCUGGGUUCAUUCAAAGUGAAUGGUUGGCGGUGGAAAUGGAGAGGGAGAGCAAGCACCACCGUGGCCAGCGGCGCGUCCCAGAAGCGUUCUCCGGCCACGCGCCUCCGUGGAGAGUGUUUUCAACGGUGGGCCUACCCUGGGGUAUAGCCCCGGUCCCAUGACUCUGCUUUCGAGCUUCUUUGGCGACGGCGAUGAGUGUAAGUCGUUCUCGGAGCUCCUUGCCGGCGCCAUGGUGGACCCCACUACACCUAUGCCCACGUUCACCCCCGCUACCUUCGAUUCACCAUCUCAAGGGCACCUUGAAAUGGCACACCAGCAGAUGCUAGCACAUGUCACAUCAUCGCAGGCUGUGCCAGCCUACACCAAUGUGCAAAUCCAAUCUGAACAUCCAUUCUCUAUCUCAGCAAUGUCUGCUUCCUCAUUCACACAAGUUCCUUCAGCUUCUUCCACUAUUGCACAACAGCUGAUACCACUCUCAAUGCCAGAUUCUAGGGUGACAGAAUCCAUUGACUUUUCUCACUCUGAACAAAAACUGCAGUCUUCUUCUGUGAAUGCUGAUAAGCCUAAUGAUGAUGGCUACAACUGGAGGAAAUAUGGGCAAAAAAAUGUAAAAGGUAGUGACUUCUCUAGGAGUUAUUACAAAUGCACACAUCCAAAUUGUCCUGUCAAGAAAAAGCUUGAGCGCUCUCUUGAGGGUCAUGUAACUGCAAUUAUUUAUAAAGGAGAGCACAAUCACCAACGUCCUCAUCCCAGUAGGAUCACAAAAGAGACCCUCACUUCAAAUGAAAAUUCAGAUGGAUUGAAAGAAGAGAUGAGUUCUCAUUCAGUGCCUAAGAUGGAUCUAGAAUCUUGUCAGGCAACAGCUGAACAUGGGUCAGGAACAAGUGACAGUGAGGAAGUAGGUGAUCAUGAAACAGAAGUAGAUGGAAAAAAUGUUGAACCUGAUCCCAAGAGGAGAAACACUGACGCCAGGCUCCAGGAUCCAGCCUCUAUACAUAGAUCUGUCGCAGAGCCUAGAAUCAUUGUGCAAACAAUUAGUGAAGUGGAUCUGUUAGAUGAUGGAUAUAGAUGGCGCAAAUAUGGGCAGAAAGUUGUCAAAGGAAAUCCAUAUCCAAGGAGCUAUUACAAAUGCACAACCCCUGGUUGCAAUGUUAGGAAGCAUGUUGAGAGGGCUUCAACGGAUCCUAAAGCUGUCAUAACAACAUAUGAAGGAAAGCAUAAUCAUGAUGUGCCAGCAGCCAAGACUAACAGCCACACACUUGCCAACAAUAGUGCAUCACAGCUAAAAGCACAAAAUGCCAUACCCGACGAGAAACAUGGUUUCAGCAGCAGGGAUGUUGGGGGCAAUGAGCAGCGACCUGUGGCAAGUCUAAGAUUGAAGGAAGAGCAGAUAACAUAGUUUUCUUAUGAAUCGAUUGGACAAAUUUCUCUAUGAUAAUCACUUAUAGGCAGAGGCAGAGUCGGUCCUGAGGGUAGUUUAGAAGUUCAGCUACCUCGGACCUUAAUUGGGAAGACCCAAUUUUUUUAGUCUCUCAUAUUUCAAGAAAAAAAAAAUAGAAAAUACUUAUUGUUUUAA